UUCUGGCUCAUGUGUCCUCAGGGCAGGACCGCAGUAGCAAGGACAGAGGGACUGCACUGAGUAGGAGGUCCCCGCCUGUCAAAAUGCCCAUCCUGAAGAAUCUAGGGGUGGCCGACACUAAGGUGCCCCGGGCGGGGACCCUGCCCCUGAGGUCCUCUCGGAACCCCUUUGAGGAAGUUCCAGGAUUGGAAGAAGAGGAGGUUGGGGAGCUGGGGACCCUACCCAAUGGAACAUCUUGUCGCCGCCGCGCCACCCUGGAGAAGCUGGCUGGCCUAGCCCCCUUCCGGCUGGGCUGGACCCCUGGCCGGCGGGCAGGUAGCCCCGGAGAUGGGCAGCCCCGCUCCUUCCUGGGCCGCGUGCUGACACCAGGGAUACGCAGGAGCUCGGCAGACUUUGGUCUCCUGGCCAGGCUUCAGGGGACCCGAGCCCAGGGCGACGAGGAGGCGGCGGGGGAGGCUGCCCGGAGACUGGCCUUCCUGAGACUGGGACGCGGACCCAAGCCCCGUCGUGCGUCCCUGGCUGAGAGGGUGGUGCCCGCCGGCGAGGCGGCCCCUGAGCCCCCGCCCAAGGUCCCCGAGCCCCCAAAGAUGAAGGAGCCUCUGUCAGUGCUGGAGAUCCUGAGCCUGAUUCAGCAGCGCGAGCUCGCGCGGGCCGACGAGCACAUCUUGGAGCUGGAGGCCGAGGAGCUGGCGUCGUCGGGGGGCAGCGGCGCGCCCGGGCCGCCCGGGCCCGAGGGCACGGGCGGGGGCCGCCGGGCGCGGGACGUGGCGCUGCUGUACGAGGCCCUGCAGCGCGAGCUCUGGGCGCUGGUGCGCGAGACGCUGGCGGGCCCCGGGCCGGGCGCGGGCGCCGGGGCGGGCGCCGUGGCGCAGCUGGGCCAGGUGCUGCUGCAGGAGGAGGCGGCCGACGGGCGCCGGGGGCCCGGGGCAGCCCGCAAGCUGCGCGCCCGCUGGGCGGAGGCGGUGGGGCGCGCGGCGCGGGAGCGCCUGGAGGCGGCGGCACCCGGGGCGCCGGGGGGCCUGGCGGGGCAGCUGGAGGCGCUGCGGGCGCGGCUGCUGGAGGACAUGGGCGUGGUGCGGGGCCGCCUGGCGCCCGCCUACCCCGCCGGCCUGGGCGCCUUCGGCGUCUACCUGCGCGGCUACCACGGCGCGCUGGCCGAGUGGCUCGGGGCCGCCGCCCGCCGGAGGCUGCCGCUGACCGACCGCUACGCGCUGCUGCACUGGCACAACCAGGUGUACCCCAGAGAGGUCCUAGGGCUCGUGGACUUGGUAGCCCUAGAGAAUGGGGAGCUGGGGCCCCUUCUGUCUCCCGGCACCCUGCGGGGCUUGGAGGACGAAUGCGUCACAGACGUUAAGGCUCAGACACGAGCAGCCCUGCUUCGGGUGCUGCAGGAGAAUGAGGAGCACUGGGGGAACAGGGAGGACCGGCCCAGCAGCUUGGCGCAGGAUGUGUGCGAGCUGCUAGAGGAGCACACGGAGCGAGCGCCCCGCAUCAGCCAGGAGUUUGGGGAGCGGAUGGCCCACUGCUGCCUGGGGGGGCUGGCAGAAUUCCUGCAGAGCUUCCAGCAGCGGGUGGAACGAUUCCACGAAAAUCCGGGAGUUCGUGAGCUGCUACCUGACACUUACAUCAGCAGGACCAUCUCCCUGGUCAAUUGCGGGCCCCCACUGAGGGCUCUGGCAGAGCGCCUGGCCCGGGUGGGGCCCCCCGAAAGUGAGCCGGCCCGGGAAGCAGCAGCCAGCGCGCUGGACCGUGUGACCCGACUCUGCCACCGAGUCCUGGCUGACCUGCUGUUCCAGGAGCUGCAGCCCUACUUCAACAAGCUGAUGCGCAGGAAGUGGCUGAACAGCCCGGAGGCCCUGGAUGGCAUCGUGGGCACGCUGGGCGCUCAGGCCCUGGCACUGCGCAGGAUGCAGGACGAGCCCUACCAGGCGCUGGUGGCCGAGCUGCACCGGCGCGCGCUGGUGGAGUACGUGCGGCCCCUGCUCCGCGGGCGCUUGCGCUGCCGCUCGGCGCGGACCCGCAGCCGCGUGGCCGGGAGGCUCCGGGAGGACGCGGCGCAGCUGCAGCGGCUGUUCCGGCGGCUGGAGUCCCAGGCCUCGUGGCUGGACGCCGUGGUGCCCCAUUUGGCCGAAGUCCUGCAGCUGGAAGACACGCCCAGCAUCCAGGUGGAGGUGGGGGUGCUGGUCCGGGACUACCCAGACAUCAGGCGGAAGCACGUGGCAGCCCUCCUGGACAUCCGGGGCUUGCACAACACAGCAGCCCGCCAGGAGAUCCUGGCCGUGGCCCGGGACCUGGAACUGUCUGAGGGGGGAGCCCUGUCACCCCCUCGGGACCGUGCCUUCUUCUCAGACAUCUCCGUGCCCCGCCCACCUUUCUGCCUCGGCCUCCCUCUCUUCCUGGGCCGCCUUCCCCUCUCCCGGGUGGCCAGGCCUGGUUUGGCCUGUCUGCCCCGACUUGGGCCUCUGUCUCCAUCACGGCCCCCUACCCAACGCUGAGACUCUCCCAGCCCUCCACCUCAGUGCCCCCCAUCUUUGCUGCUGACAAACUGUCCUCCAGUACGGGCUCCCUCUUGACUCCCUGCCUGGGACCACAGACUGCCCCACUCCCGCCCCGGUGUGGGGGGAAUGGAAAGGUCCUCAGAGGUCUUGGCCACCCCUAAAUCCCCCAGAUAGAAGAGAAACAGGCCGGAGGGAGCAAGGACUUUCCCAAGGCCACGAAGCUCGUUCCCAGCACCAGCUCCCGGCCCAGUGUGCGGUGGCAGGCGUUUUGGAAGGCUCUACAGAAGUAUCCCAGGCCCCCCCCUUUCCCCUCACCUCAAGGUCUGGCCCCGGCCCAACAUAUUAAGGAAUGUACGAUACUUAGAAUAAAGAGGUUUCUAUUUAACACAA